GGGGCGCGCACUCAUUGCGGGAGCGCGCAGUGUGGUCGGUACUGACUGAGUCUGUUCUCAACGCGGUGAUUGGUUUUGUGAUUGCGGUCGUUGUGUGUAGUGGAGGCCAGGAGUGCGGUGUCGCUUGUGGAUGUUUUUUUCGGGAUGGUAAGGAGCAGGACUCGGUGAGAAGGCGAGGGAUGGCGACUCGGAGCCCCCCGGGAUCGGGUGUUCGUGUCACCCGGGGGCUGCUCGCAGUCUCCAUCCUCAUGAGUCUCGGGUGCGAGCCGACCAGAGCUUCCAAGUCUGCAGGUUCGGGGAUCAGGACAUUUACCCCUUUCUAUUUUUUGACUGAACCAGUGGACAUAGUGACGUUACGUGGUUCUCCCGCGGUUCUGAACUGCUCUGUUCAUGCAGAGCCGCCAGCAAAGAUUGAAUGGAAAAAGGAUGGGACAUUUCUCAACUUGGCAUCUGAUGACCGGCGUCGGUUACUACCAGAUGGCUCCCUUUUCUUCACAAGUGUGGUGCACUCAAAGCACAACAAACCAGAUGAAGGGGUCUAUCAGUGUGUUGCAACUGUGGACAGCCUUGGAAGCAUUGUCAGCCGUACUGCACGACUUUCUGUUGCAGGACUCCCUCGAUUUUCCAGUCAACCAGAGGCAGCAUCCGUAUAUGUUGGGGAUAGCGUAACCCUCAGUUGUGACGUUAAUGCUGAGCUGGUACCAUUUGUGCAGUGGGAGAAGGACAGAAAUCUGAUGGAGUUGAAUGACAGAGUUGCCAUCUUGUCCAACGGAAGCUUGGCCAUCAGUAAUGCCAAUGAGAGUGAUGCUGGCAUGUACCGCUGUUCUGUGGGAAGUGGGUCCACUCAAAAGUAUAGUGAGGAAGCGGAGAUAACCGUACUUUUAGAAACUGGCGACGAUCGUCCUUGGUCUUCCUUAGACAACCAUUUUCCUUUGACUAGAAUCCUUGGGCAGUCCAGCUCUGUUGCCCUGUGUUGUUAACUGGGUAUCCCACACCAAGUGUUGCAAUGGAGCCACAAUCAGAAUGUGAUAAA